GGGGGAGCGAGCGAGCGGGCGCUGCCGGAGCCCGCAGCCCCGGCGCAGGCUGCCGCCCGGAGCCCCGCAAUAUGCCGCCGCGGCCCUGUGGCUCUCGGCCAUGGCGAGGCUCAGCCGGCGCGUCCCUUGCACCCUGCUCCUCGGCCUGGCCGCGGUGCUGCUGAAGGCACGGCUGGUUCCCGCGGCCGCCAGAGCCGAGCUCAGCCGCUCGGAUCUCAGCCUCAUCCAGCAGCAGCAGCAGCAGCAGCAGCAACGGCAGCGGGAGGAGGCAGAGGAGGAGAGGCCAGAGGUGCCCGGGGCAUCCUCCACCGUCUCGGCUCCAGUGUCUGUCUUUACACUGAAAGUCCAGGUCAACGACAUCAUCAGCCGUCAGUACCUGAGUCAAGCAGUUGUAGAAGUGUUUGUAAACUACACGAAGACAAAUUCCACGGUAACUAAAAACAAUGGCGCAGUGUUGAUAAGAGUACCCUAUAAGUUAGGACUCAGCUUAACCAUUAUUGCUUACAAGGAUGGCUACGUGUUGACACCUCUGCCUUGGAAGACUGGAAGAAUGCCAAUAUAUUCAUCAGUUACACUUUCACUGUUCCCGCAAAACCAAGCAAAUAUAUGGCUGUUUGAAGACACUGUUUUAAUUACUGGAAAAUUAGCUGAUGCCAAAUCUCAACCAAGUGUUCAGUUUUCAAAAGCCUUAAUCAAACUACCUGACAACCAUCAGAUUAGCAACGUAACAGGCUACCUUACUAUUCUACAACAGUUUCUGAAAGUGGACAAUUUUCUUUAUACAACUGGAAUUACUCUCAAUAAAUCAGGUUUUGAAAGCACUGAAUUGAUCCCUCUGGCUGCAAUAUGUGUAAAAAUAUAUUCUGGAGGAAAAGAAUUAAAGGUAGAUGGCUCUAUUCAAGUUUCUCUCCCCCUUCUACAUACAAAUGAUAUAAGUGCAGGGGACCACAUACCUGCCUGGACAUUUGAUAUGGACAUGGGUGUCUGGGUAAAUCGUGGUCGGGGAAUCGUCAAAGACCAUAACGGUCAUUUAAUGUGGACCUAUGAUGCUCCACAUUUGGGCUACUGGAUAGCAGCUCCAAUUCCAGGAACUAGAGGUUCAGGUAUAAUUGGAGAUUCAAAGGACAUAACUGCCUACCACACAGUGUUUCUCACAGCCAUACUAGGAGGAACAACAGUCAUUGUCAUUGGAUUUUUUACUGUACUACUUUGUUACUGCAGGGAUAAGUGUGGUACUCCACAGAAAAGAGAAAGGAAUAUCACCAAACUUGAGGUUCUCAAAAGAGAUCAAACAACUUCAACAACACACAUAAAUCACAUUAGUUCAGUCAAAGUUGCAUUAAAAGCUGAAGAAAAGUCACAGUUAUUCAAUGCCAAAAGCUCCUCAUACAGCCCUCAAAAAAAGGAACCAUCAAAGGCAGAAGCAGAAGAAAGAGUUUCCAUGGUAAAAACUCGGGACAAUUUCAAAAUCUACAAUGAAGAUGUUUCGUUUCUGUCAGUCAAUCAAAAUAAUUACUCAAGAAACGCAACCCAGUCUUUGGAGUCCAAUGGAGGGGCCAAACAUAUUAGCAAUACUCUAUCUUCAUCUCUAGGUGAUGCCCAAGAGGAAAAGAGGUACCUCACAGGUAAUGAAGAGAUCUAUGGGCGUUCCCACAUUCCUGAACAACUUAUGCAUAUCUACAGCCAGCCCAUUGCCAUCCUUCAAACAUCUGACCUGUUUCCUACUCCAGAGCAGUUACAUACUGCUAAGUCAGCUACUUUGCCAAGAAAGGGACAGUUAGUCUAUGGUCAGUUGAUGGAAACAGUAAACAGAGACACCUUCACACAGACAUUGCCCAAAAUGCCAAUGCAUUCUCAUACACAGCCCCCUGAUGCCAGGGAAGAAAAUAUCCCACUUGAAGGUCAACAAAGCUUGCCAUCCCAAACUACUGCAGAUUGGAGCCGGUAUUCAAACAGUUUACUAGAAUCUGUCUCUGUUCCUGGAACACUAAAUGAAGCUGUUGUCAUGACCCCCUUUUCAUCAGAGCUUCAAGGAAUUUCUGAGCAGACCCUUCUAGAACUGUCCAAAGGAAAGCCCUCCCCUCAUCCCAGAGCCUGGUUUGUGUCUCUUGAUGGGAAACCAGUUGCACAAGUGAGGCAUUCCUUCAUAGACCUGAAAAGGGGCAAGAGAACCCAGAGUAAUGACACUAGUCUAGAUUCUGGGGUCGACAUGAAUGAGCAUCACUCUAGCAGGAAACUCGAGAGGGAGAAAACUUUCAUCAAAAGUAUGCAUCAGCCGAAGAUCCUUUACUUGGAAGAUUUAGACCUGAGCAGCAGUGAGAGUGGAACCACCGUAUGCUCUCCUGAGGACCCAGCCUUAAGGCACAUCCUUGAUGGAGGGAGUGGAGCUAUUUUGGAGCACCCUGGGGAAGAGUCCCCAGGAAGAAAAAGCACUAUUGAAGAUUUUGAAGCCAAUAUAUCCCCCACUAAGAAAAGGAGCAGACCACCACUAGCCAAAAGAGACAGCAAGACUAACAUCUGGAAGAAGCGAGAGGAACGCCCACUGAUUCCCAUAAAUUAACUUUAAGUGUGGUUGUUGCUGCUGUGUUGUGCUGUUUAUUCUUGCUUCUUGUAAAUUGCAGUAUGAACUUCCAAAGAAGUUGAGACUGAGCAAAUCUCAUGGUCCCUGGACAUGUCUCGAGCAGAGUAAAUAGUAAAAUGGUAGUUCAGUAAUGAGAGACAAGGCUAUAAGAAAAGCUUUUUUUCUGGCCUAUUUUCAUUAUUUUUAGAUGAUGAAUUUGAAGUAUCCAAGAGUUCAAAAUGUUAUGUAGCUCCAAGCCGUUAGUUAUCUGAAAAUGUUGCUCAGCCAGCCAAUUUACCCCUGAUUCUUUUGAGAACAGUGAAGUGUAUUGCUAAAGUUGCUUCCAAAAAUGUUGCCUCUCUUUUGACAAAUACCCCUGUAAAACAUCUAGAAAUGAAACUGUUCUUCAGGCAUUAUACUCUUGUGAUUUAAAUGUUAUGUUCUUCCCAGCCAGACUUGAAAAUAACUUGGUAACUGUUUUGUACUGAUGUUUUUAGAGUUCAAAAGCCAAACAAGUUUUUUUCUUUUUGCAAUAAACAGUAUAUGUACCUGUAUAUUCCCAAAUUAAACCCCAUGCUCUUAGGGAAAUGUCAGUUGUUUCUGCAUGUAACCUCACAGAAUAAAUAAGGUAUUAAUUUGUUACUUAGAAAUCUCAGGAGUGAAUGUUCUGAUACUGAAUUUUUAUGUAUUCUCUACAUAAAAGUACAGUCAAUGAAAAAAUUUUUUUUAAAAGAACCCACAUCUUGAGCUUCAAACUCACUAAUAAAUAUUGGCUAAAAUCAGUUUUAAGACAUUUCGUCUAUCAAAAAAAAUCAACUACUAAAAAUCAAUUUUAACUUGAUUUAAAUAUAAAUGAACUCAACUAAAAGUUUCUAGUGUACACCCCAAAACUAAAAUAUAUGAUGAUAAAGAAAAGAGACAUUUAAGUUUUUUUCUAAAUGUCAAGAGCAGAAAAGAAAUGCUAUUUCACUGGGAUUCAAUAAUAUCCAGAAGCAAUUUUUUUCUGUUGACAUUCUUAGAAGAUGUUUAAGGGAAAUUUCAGUUUUAAAGGAAAAGUAAGUUUUUUCUUAAAUCAUUUAUAGCCUUUGUAACCUUCUGCCUCCCCCCACCCCCAGAUUAGGAAGUAAUAUAUCCACAUUCUCUUUCUAAUCUCACAAUUUGUGUCUUGAGCUCUGAAUUAUCACUCAUAUGUCCUAAAAAUAAAUGUUCUUAAUUAAAAUCCAUCCAUUUUUUCUUAAAAAUUUCAUGAAGGCAAAUGUCUGAAGUAGCUUCCACUUUCCUUUAAGGGAAAAAUGAAGUUAACCUGCUUUAUUUCUCAUCCCCUAUUAUUCAACAUGGGAGCAACAUAGAGAUCCAAGUCAUGUAAAACCAAAAUUAGCCACAUUAGCUUUAGUCAAAUUAUAGGAGGUAAUGAAACAACAGUUCUAGUCCCAAGAUAGUAGACUUCAGCCAGUUUUUCCCUGUAAACACUUCUGAAACAUCUAACCCAUCAGUUAACACUCCUACCUUUCUAUAUUAACCCAAAGAACUUAAUCUAGGGCAAAAUUUUGCUAUUUUACUCCAAUCCACACAAGAAGAGAAAUGUUUGGGGUAAUACAUAAAUCUACUGUUUUGGGGGGUAGUAUUAAGCCCAAAAUUAGAGACUGCUUUUUGGACUUUACAGAAAGAUGAAUUAAAAUUGGCAUAAAUGAAAGUGAGUUGGAAAAGGUUAAGGAGUCAGUACUCUGCUGAAGUGCCUUUGAUACAGACUUGCUUUAUUAGAAGGACAUGAUAACAUCUUUCUUAAAUGUGUGUUUUCUUUCUGUAAAAUUAAACAGAUGUGCAGUUUUUAUUAAAUUAUUAAAAUAUACAGACCUAGUGUUUCACGUUGGAACAAUGAAUUUUGCAUGCAAGUAGCAUUUAUCUUUUGUGGUUUAAUUCUUUUUAAAAUCUAGUUUAUACUGAUACAUUGUUUAUGUUGGAAUGAAGUUAGAAACUAUAUAGUAAAAUACUGAACUUCAAUAUUAAGUGUCUAUUUUUCCCACCUUUAAAUAAAAAUGUUUCAUCUCUCUGAUUGGUAAUUUGGUAAUGGAAUUCAUGCAUUGUUGGUAGUGGACCACCUUGGUGUGCCACAUAUUCAUUCUUGUGUAAAGGAAAUGAGAAGAUGUAUCCCCAGGGCUUUUCUAGAAAAAUUUUGAUUUCAGAUAAAACCUUAUUUUUUUAUACACUGCACAUUCUGUUCACAAUUGGGAAGUAUAGGCAGUUUAUCUUUUCUAAACAAAAAUGUGUAACUCUCAUUUGUGAGUGGUUCACAAAAUUCCUGUUAAAAAACCUGAAGCCAUCUACUUUUUCUUAUCCCAAGCAAAAAUAAACCUACACACAUUCAAAACUUUCUUAAAUUUUUUAAAAUUGAAAACCAACACAGUUUUUUGCAAAUGUAAACCUAGAGAAUUUUGGUCACAAGUUGUUAACAUUUGUGGAUCCUUUGUAUAUACUUUGGAUAUCUUGAAAGCAAAAUUAUCCCUCAAUUAACUGAUGGAUUCAUUUACUAAAGCACAGUUAUAUGUAUUUUUGAAUACAUAUUAUGAUCUUGAGACUUUAUAAAAUUCAUUUUUAUGACAUUUAUGCAGUUGUAUAGGGAUUAUGCCCUUUUAUAAUAAACAGUAUACCACGAAGGUCACAAAUGUUGAGGAAUAAAAGCACUUCUUUGCUUUGGCAAUCAUUUCAGAUCACUUUCUGUGUUUGAAUCCUCUGGUAUUAAUACAUAUUAUAGAACUUUAGGGAUCAGUGGCUCAAAUAGUGUCCCUCAAAAUUUUCUAGAAAGGUGAAACAAAGUUACAUUCAAUUAUAGGAUGAGUUACUCCUUUCCCCGUUACUAGGAUUGUGAAGUUUUGACUAUUAAUUUCCAUCUCAGACCUAGAGUUAACAUUUUGCCCUCUUGUUUCCAAGUGUUUCUAUCUUUUGUAUUCUUCCAUCAGAGGAAUUUCACAUUUCCGUGUAUUGCCAUUACCAUUACUAUAUUUACUGCUGAAAACUGUAACAAUUUGGAAAAUUUGUAAAAUGUUAAAUAUAAACCAUUAAAGAUAAUAAAACAUCUCUAAAGCUGUAUUUGCUGCAUUGCUUAAUUUGGAAUAAACUAUAAAAGAGUGAUUACAUCUAGCAAAUAUUCAACUAUUAUUUUCCCUGCUUACACUGACUAUAAUAAAACCUUUUGAAGACUGUUUAAUGAACUUGAUUUCU